ACGUCUGCAGUCCGCCGGCGGCAGAGCCUGGAGAUGCGUGACGAAGGAAGCGCGUGACGAAGGAGCUGUUGGCCGACGCCGGAAGGCAGUCGAUGUAAACAAGGCCUUGCGCCGCUGCGGGUCCUGAGACCUCUCCUGGCUGGUGGGUGGUCUCUCGCAGGCCUACCCCCCUUAGCUUACACAUCCCCGGCACACCACGUGGGCGUGAGGCGAGGAAGGAGGGGGUUAAGUGGAGUUUUAACUUCAUUGGUUGUCGCUGCCGCCGGCUUUUGGGAGGGAGUGUGCUGAUUGGUCGGUAAGGGGGGCGUCGGGGGGUCCUAAGGCUUCUGAUUGGUUAGAUGGGAUAAGCUAAUGAGGCGCUUUCUUCUGCGAGGGUUUUUGAUUGGUCGGCCUGAGAGGUUACCUGGGAAUCCACCCCCACCCUCAGGGACUUUGAUAGGAUUGGGAAAGGUUUGUGUUCCCGAAGCCUUGGGAGUUGUUACAGGCCAAGGAGAAGGGCUCUCAGUCCCUAAGAAGUGUAGCCCCCCUAGUUAUAGCUACUGCCGUAUCUCAGGAGACCCUGGUAUUUCUAGAGCAGGGUUUGCUUUCAUCAAACCCAAGGAGGUGACAGGAGGAGUCCCUGCACAGGACUUAAGGAUGCUGUGACCAGAAGAUGGGAUCACGGAACAGCAGCAGUGCAGGAACUGGGUCCGGAGACCCCUCCGAGGGCUUGCCCCGAAGAGGGGCUGGCCUGCGUCGGAGUGAGGAAGAGGAAGAGGAGGAUGAAGAUGUGGAUCUGGCCCAGGUACUGGCCUAUCUCCUACGCAGAGGCCAGGUGAGGUUGGUGCAGGGAGGAGGUGCGGCAAAUUUACAACUCAUCCAGGCCCUCUCGGACUCAGAGGAAGAGCAUGACAAUGCCUGGGAUGGUCGUCUCGGAGACCGAUACAACCCACCUGUGGAUGCCACCCCUGACACCCGGGACCUGGAAUGCAGUGAGAUCAAGACACAGGUGGAAUUGGCCACAGGGCGGCUAGGACAUAGACGGGCAGCCCAGGAGCACAGCUUUCCUCAAAUGCUGCUCCAGAGAGAACGGGGCCUCUGCCACCGGGGAAGCUUCUCCCUUGGAGAACAGUCUCGAGUGAUGUCUCACUUCUUGCCCAAUGAUCUGGGCUUCAUUGAUACCUACUCCCAGAAGGCUUUCUGUGGCAUCUACAGCAAAGAUGGUCAGAUCUUCAUGUCUGCCUGCCAAGACCAGGUAAUCCGAAUGUAUGACUGCCGGUAUGGCCGCUUUCAUAAGUUCAAGAGCAUCAAGGCCCGGGAUGUCGGCUGGAGCGUCUUGGAUGUGGCCUUCACCCCUGAUGGGAAUCAUUUCCUUUACUCCAGCUGGUCUGAUUACAUUCAUAUCUGCAACAUCUACGGGGAGGGAGACACACACACAGCCCUGGAUCUAAGGCCUGUUGAGCGUCGUUUUGCCGUCUUCUCCAUCGCCGUGUCUUCAGAUGGACGAGAAGUGCUUGGAGGGGCCAACGAUGGCUGCCUGUAUGUCUUUGAUCGAGAACAGAAUCGGCGUACCCUUCAGAUUGAAUCCCAUGAGGAUGAUGUGAAUGCAGUGGCCUUUGCCGACAUGAGCUCCCAGAUCCUGUUCUCCGGGGGUGAUGAUGCCAUCUGCAAAGUGUGGGAUCGACGCACCAUGCGGGAGGAUGACCCCAAGCCUGUGGGUGCACUGGCUGGACACCAAGAUGGCAUCACUUUCAUUGACAGCAAGGGUGACGCCCGAUAUCUCAUCUCCAACUCCAAAGACCAGACCAUCAAGCUCUGGGAUAUCCGCCGCUUUUCUAGCCGGGAAGGUAUGGAAGCCUCACGCCAGGCUGCCACACAGCAAGACUGGGACUACCGCUGGCAGCAAGUGCCCAAAAAAGCCUGGCGGAAGCUGAAGCUCCCGGGGGACAGCUCCUUGAUGACCUACCGGGGCCACGGGGUGCUGCACACCCUCAUCCGCUGCCGGUUCUCUCCCACCUACAGCACCGGCCAACAGUACAUCUACAGUGGCUGCUCCACCGGCAAAGUGGUUGUGUACGACCUCCUCAGUGGCCACAUCGUAAAGAAGCUGACCAGCCAUAAGGCCUGUGUGCGUGAUGUCAGCUGGCACCCCUUUGAGGAGAAGAUUGUCAGCAGUUCGUGGGACGGGAACCUGCGUCUGUGGCAGUACCGCCAGGCCGAGUACUUCCAGGACGACAUGCCAGAGUCCGAGGAACACCCCAGCUCCCCUGCCUCAGUGUCCCACCCCUCUACAGCCUUUUCCUCACCCCAGUAGAUCCGACCUCCAGCCCCACUCAUGGGUGAGCCUCUUGACAAGCUCUCCACCUCCGCCUCCUCCCUUUCUCCCUUCUGGGGGAUUUUUGAGGAAUCACUGGCAUUGGAUGGGGAGAACCAGAAGCCCAGGCUUCGGACCCCUACCUGAGCCCUGGGAGAUCAUCCGCUUGGAGGAGAAUGGUCUCCUUACAGGCUCACACCCAGUUGGCUUGGGUCUCUGUCUCUGGCCAGGGUCUGGCAGGACCACCACUGUCUCGGGUGUGGCUUUGUCAGAGGGAGAACCGUCCUGAGGGUCUUUAAUCAUGUUUGGAUGUUAUGUGUUAGCUCCGAGAGUAGAUGCCGGCAGCUGUCAGCCAGGCCCAUUGCUCAGGCCUUCACUCUGAGGAUUAGACUGGCCGAUCAGAGGGCCAUGUUCCUGGGCCACUCCUCCCGAGGGAGGUCGAAGGGCUUUAACCCCAGCCGAGGGGGAGGUCCGAGGUGUCCUCAGCACCCUCCCGGGCAGGAAUUCUGUCUUUUCUCUCACACAUCUGAGUUUGUGGGGUGGGUAGGCAGGCUGGGCACGAGAAGCUCCGUAUGGCCCCCACACAGGGCAGGCCCUCCCCUCCCAGAGUAUUCCAUUGGCCGGAGGCCAGCAGCUUCAAGGAGGGAUAUUGAAGUAGGACUCCUUCGUCCUCUCACUGGCUUUGGGUCCCUCAAUAAACUCUGUGGGAACCUG